AUGUUUUCGAGCGAAGAGGACGAUGACGAGGAGGAACAGGAACAACAGAGUCAAACGUUAAGAGGAGACGGAGCAGAAGAACCACCCUGCUCAUCCUCAUCACAACAUCUUCGAGGCUCGUCGACUCAGACGGACAACAACAGCUCAGAACAAGGACAGGAUGACAUGGAAAUCGAACGAGAGGAAGACGAAGAUGGAGAGGAGGACAACGAUGAGGAGGAGGACGAGGAGGACGAGGAGGAUGAGGGGGAAGAAGAAGAAGAAGAAGGAGACGAGGAUGAUGAUGAUAAUGAUGACGAGGAGGGAGAAGGCGAUGGUCGUGAAGAGGAGGAUGAGGAAGAGGAAGAGGAGAACCAGGAUAGGUCCAACACCGCAGAUGAUGAUGGCCAUCGACAUUCCAGGGCUGAUACGACCGAGACCAACUCACAAUCUCAGCAGGACAAUCCCAACAGCCAAACCAAUAACCAGUCAACACCAUUACCACCGAGCACCACUACCACUACUGCUAAUCAUUCCCCCUCACUCAACGAUAGCAACAGCAACCAACCAUCAGCCGAUCAAUCGACCAGGCUCGACCUCAACUCAUCAGGAAGUGCACUCCCAAACACAUAUCGACAGCAGAUACUACAGCGAUACCAGAACGUGUCUCAGCCGCGAAAGUUCCAAAGGGCGCCGAUCAUCGAUCCACUAGUUUUCAUACCGCACGGCUGUCCGGUACAUGCACUAGCCAUUCCGCCAUGCGGCUCCCAUCUUUUCUCGGGAGGACAGGAUGGAUUCGUGCGAAGGAUAGCGAUCCACGAGUCGGUCACCGGCUCGGCGCUCGAAAACCUCACCAUGAAACAGGGCGGCCAUGUUCCACUAAUCGAGAAAGAUACCGAUAAAACAACAAUCUUCUUGACUGGUUAUUGGGAGAAUGAGGACCAUAAAUCUCUCCUCGAUCCUUCCCAGCCUACUCCUCCUCUCAAAUGGGGUCCUAAGAGCGUCGGUAACGCUACUCAGGUUAGCCCCGUCUACAGUCUCGCAAUCCACAAUGAAGAACUUUGGGGAUUAAGUGGAACAGAAUCAGGCAAUAUUAAUCUAUUCACGAUCAGACACGACGAAGGUCACAUUCGACACGUCUUCAAGGCAGCCAAUCCUCCCUCAGUGGUUCCAUUGACUUCAUCAUCGGACGUUAGGGGACAUAAACCAGGCUCAGUGAUCUCAUCGCUGGCCCUCAAUUCCGACCAGAAUGUCGCUUUCAGUGGGGGGUGGGAUGGAAUCGGAUGGGAUUUGAAUACGGGACAAGUGGUCAACAAGUUCAUUGCCCACGCCUCUCAAAUCUCGACGGUUUCGUUACGACCAGACAGUCAAAUUCCGAUCUAUGACACUAAGUUUGAAGAGAACUUGCUGGAGAGAGAGGAGGAGGAGAGGAGGAUUGAUCGAAGCGAGCAGGCGAAUGAUCAGGAGUUGAAAAAGAAGAACAAGGAUGAUGACGAGGAUACGGAGAUGAAAACGGUCGAGUCAGUCAAAGUGUCCCAAGCGCCUAGUCAAGAGAUCGUCCUAGAGAAGACCGUUGAGCCGACGGCUUCCAGCUCUCCCGAUCGGCCGUUGGCAUCGGAUAUCGUCGGGGAAGAAGAUAGUGAGGAAGAUGGCUCCUUAUUUGGUGGAGCAGAUAACUCGGGAUCGGAGGGCGAGGGGUCACCGGAGGCAUCUGUCCCUCUGGCGACGCUGAACCCGGAGCGAGGCAAAGGAGGAGGCAACGGAGGAGGUUUAAUCCUACCCACAGCCAGUGGGAGCGAGAAGCCAGUGCCGACGAAGCCCGCGGCCCCACCACUGAUCCUGCCGACGGUCGCGACGAGCAAGCCGCGGAACGUGGUGCCGGUGAAGCCGGUUCUGCCGGCGACGAACCUGACCCAAGUCCCAUCAGUCCUCGAUAGCUCCUUGCCGGUGAUCAAUGACGACGUGCUGAUGACGAGCGGGAUCGACGGACAGGUAUAUCUGUGGGACCGACGGGUCUCCGGCAGCGGCUCGCACGGCUACGUGCGGAAACUCGACCUGCCCAAAUCGACAUCUCCAUGGACGGCCUCGGCCAGUUGGUCAAUCGACGGCCGCUCGGUCUUCGUCGGCCGUCGUAACCAUUCAGUCGAUCUCUAUGAUCUCCGCUUCCUUCGUCCUUCCUCGCCCAUCUUCAAUCCAGAUGCCAUCCAACGCUCUAUCAAACUUCCUCCCUCCUCUGGUCCCGUCUCUUGCGUCAAACCUUGGCCGGAUGGAAACCAUCUCCUCUGCGCUAGCUUCGAUAACCUUCGUCUCUAUAACCUUAAUGCUGACCUUCAUCCUACCUCCUUAUCCUCUGUCCGUAAAUCAACCCAUCAACCUCCUAAAAUCCCCUUCAAAAUCAUCCCCGGUCAUUCUUCUGGGGUCGUCUCCCAAAUGUGCGUGACUCCUUCAUUCCGGUUUUUGAUCACAGCAUCCGGCGACAGGGGAUGGCAAAACACAUCCAAUGAAUCCGUCGUCAUCCACGAAAUCCGCGCCCCUCCUCCUCUUUCUUGA